AUGCUUGCUUCAAAGAAGGUGGUCUUCAACUUUGCCACACUCGUGAGGGAGGGCCACUUUAUAGUCACCAAGGGCUCGUUUGUGAUGAAUGCCUCGGACAACAGCAGCAAGGAUGGCAGCUCCAUCCGCGUUGUGAAGGACAAUAUCGUGGUGCUGAAGCCAUCGGAGGCCGCCGGUGAUGCCGACCAGCAGACGCAGGGGGAGAACGAUAUGGACAUUGACACGCGGGACCUGACCGCGGGCGGCUGCUCUCGCGUCUCUGGCUUUGUGAGGUAUGUGCCCAAGCCCUUGUACAGCUACGCUGAGGACGAAGAGAGUGGCAAUCUGGUGAGCGCAGUGUCGUUCGAGCUGCAAGAGCCAAUUGGCCAUCGAGUCGAAGAUGGCCUCGAAGUUGGCGUGACGGGCAGCAUCAUCAAUGCGGUGCUGGACCCGUCCCCGGAGAGCAUCCGGCUGAGGGUCAAGAAGGACAUGAGCGGGGAGUUCGAUGACACUGGCUACAUGAUGGAGGUUCAGCUGAACUUCUUCUGCUCGGGGGGUGGCGACUCCCGCAAGCACUGGAAGCUUAACACCUACCAGUAUGCAGGCAACGAGGGCCUUUGCAUGUCCCUGGUGGCGCGGGACAGCGUGGGCAUUGGCUGCCACGAGGUCACCUGCAGGAUGAACGCUGUCUCUGAUGCAAGCCUGCAGCCCUGCAACGAAGAGGACUGGGCCCAGAACUUCUAUGCAGACGGCCACUUGCUGCGGAGCGCCAGCCCUGCAGACAGGUGUUUGGCAGUGGACUACUCAUCGAGCUCCUCGGACUGCAAGCCUUUGAGCCUGAAGCUUUGCGACGAGUCCGAUGCUGGGCAGCGCUGGACCAUCCAAGGCGGCCAGAACGCCCAGGAUAUUGCCGUGCUUCGCAUGGACGACGGCCUGGUCGUCUCUGUCCCGAAGGCCGGCACUGAGCUGGCGAGCUUCGACAUGCCAGUUCAGGCCUGCAAGGAGGAGGACAUGGCCAGGGUCAAGGCCUUCAACCAGAUUGCUUCUAACAUGGUCGCGAACUUGGUCAUGGUGCAUGAGCUGGCGACGAACUUCACUGAAAAGGCCUCUGGAGGCAGCGAAUUGAUUCUCUCCAACGUCUGGGCAGAGGCAAUCUGUCCGUGGUUUUUCAACCCGCCCAUUCACACUGACAGCAAGCUCAUCAAGUGCUACAACAGGGAGCUUUGCAAUCCAGAGGAAGACGGAGAGAGCUGCUGCAACGACAAGGGGGGCACUUUCAUGUGCUCCAUGUCUGCGCCAUACAUGUGCAAGUCCAAGACCAAUGGCAAGAACCCGGGUGACUACUUCUGCGCUGAGUCGAUUGAGGAGUGCGAGACUCAUGGUGGCCGACGGAUUUGCGAGGGGCCUCCGGGAAAAGCGGGCAGCUCGGGUGAGUAUGGUGACGAUGGCGAGCCGGGCGAGGAUGGCCCGGAAGGGCCUGAGGGCUCGGUUGUGGAGGCUCUACCUGUUGAGGCACACAGCGGCAAGAGCGGCAUGGCCCAACCAGCCACACUGGCAGAGCUCAUUGGUGCAGUGGCUGUGAACCUUGCGAUGGCCGUCUUGGUCUUUGUGAACCUGCGGGGCAAGAUCAAGAACAGGUUUGAAGGCAAGAGCAAGUCCGUGGCGCCCAACAGGCUGGGGGAGCAAACGCCGUCUUGGUGGGAGCAAGAGGAGGAUCGCUGGUACCUUGCAGACAGAUCUCGAGGUGUUCGUGUCCCCCGCUUCUUGGACUGCGAGGGCAGCUUCUGGGACCCUGCGUGGUCACAGUUCCGGCACAUCCUGCAGCAGGACCCGCCAGGCCGGCAGCUGCGUGAGGGCCGACCGCCGGAGGCAUCAGUGCUGGUACUCGCGCGUGGGUUUCUUCAAACAUGGCAAGAUGGCGCCAUCGAGCAAGGACAUCAGCUGUUUGCGCGGCGCUUGGCCCGCGAUUUGGCCUUCUUGCCGGGAGGAGGUUUUGGCUCUGGCGGCGAAUAUGACCGAGCCAGUGCGGGGCCAGAUGGCUUCAUGAGCGAUGCUGCCUUCAAUGGAUUUUGUUUGUAUGGGUUUGUAGGCGCAUUCUACGUCUCGGUGGUCCACAUGCUGUCUGGCUCGCCUGGAAAGGCGGAGCUCGAAGCGGCCCUCAUGGGCUCGAAGCUGGCGUUGUCGCUGCUGGGAAACGCCCUGUGCCUGGACCAGCUUGAGAGCAGUUCCUGGCCCUUCACUUCCUUGGAGCUGCGGCUUCUUGAAGAGGACUUAACUGCAGAGCUGGCGGAUGUGGCUGGCCAGGUGACGGAGAGUUGGCGGUGGCCACUGCUGGCUGAAAGGCCUGCGCCAGAAGCCUCGCAAUUGGUCAUGGUUCUGAGCUCCUGGAGCGCAGUGCUAGAUCAGGCCGAGGAGUUAGCCCGCCGAGAUCUUGCUCAGGUAGCUGAUUUGAACGUGGUGGCCAUCGGUGACCAUGCUACGGCCACACUAGAUGUUGCCCUCAUGCUGCGACGAGCACUUUCAGAAGCGGCCCCCAGAAGCAGAACCUCUCUGACGGUGCACGGCCUGGCUUGUCCAGAGAGCGAGGCGGGCCGUCACCAUUGCAGGCUAAGAUGCCAGGUGCUGGGGGAUUGCAUCAGUCCAGCUGCAGAUGCGCUGGCAGCGUGGAUUGAGCGCUACAUGAUCAAAGGUGAGUCCUACGACCUGGGGGAUGAUUAUUGGGGUGAGAUUGCUGAACAGGACGUGCUUGCGUCAUUGCUGUCAGCCUUACGCACAUUGCCUCUGAGGGAGGCUGGACUACUAGCCUGUGCACACCCAACAGCGAUGUGCCUGUUGGCCUUUUGGGCGCUCUGGAGGUUCUCAGAUGAUAUUCUGCGCCCACUCCCCAUGCUGCUGCAUUCAUCUUCCACGCUGCUCUUUGGUGCCCCACAAAGCACUGGAGCUCUGGGCUUCAUGCGCUUGGCUAGGGACCUCUUAGCAGGUCCUCUACCUCUGGUGGUGCUGGCUGAGGGCGCGGUGCUGUCGGCUCUGCUGCAGCAACAGCUGGGCAUCUUGGUGCCAAGCUGUCCAGCUCUGGCCCUGUACUUGGACAGCACAGGCUAUCUCAACGCGGAGGAGAAGCACCCCACCGUGCUGGUGACCCGAGCGAGGAUUUUCAAUCACCCGACAGGUUUCUUCUUGCGCUGUCUUCUCUCUGAAUUUGCCAUCAUCAACCAGCCUCUAGCAGAUGCUGCCCGUGGUCAUUUCUGGUUCUCGGAGGUGCCCAGCAUGCAGGGCUCCAACGACUGGAAGAGCUGGGAGGAAAUGGCUCGGUGCUCGGCAGCGUUCUUCUUGCCCUCAGACAUCCACCAGAGAACGUUUAUCGAGCUGUACCGCAUGCAGGUUUGGUUUGUAGGCUUGGACGCCGAUCAGUUGCAGGUGUCUUUAGCUACGCAGGCGCUCUUCCAGAAGAGGAGCCAAGUGGCAGGAGAAGGCCCAGCCUACCAGCAGUCCAGGAACUUAGACCAGCGCCUCUUGUACGAUACUUCAAGAGAGGAGGCGAUCCGCCGCGCUCUGUUGCGCUGCGCCGGUGACUUUGGCAGCCGCGGCGCAGAGCGGGAGCUGCGGAGCCUGCUGGCAACCCAUGGGGCGCCAGAGGCGCUGGCGUUUGCGGCCAAGGAGCUGGCGCUGGCAGAUCAGCUCUGCAGCGUGGGGGAUCUGCUCAGUGUGCUGCGGGCCUGCGACUCAGCGUGUUUGGCGCCGGAGCUGGCUGCGCUGGUCGCAGAGGAGCUCUUGGGGUUCGAGGAGGUGCCUCCAAGGCUGCAAGAGCUGGUCCGACAGAUGCUGGACCUUGGCUGGAUCCAGGUAGUCGGCCUUGUAGCCGUUGUGGAGGAGCUCGUGGCUGCGUGGGUGAAGAAGGACGUGAAGGGACUGCCGCCCUGUUUGUCCCUUCUCGAGUGCGCUCCAGUGCCCAGGCAGCUGCCACAGGCGCUGGCCAGGGCUCCGCAGCUGUCGCGGCUGCUGGUGGAUUGCCACGUGGCCGUGCAAAAUUCGUUUCCUGCAUUGGCUCAGGCUGCCACGCCAUUGCUGCUCGCUCCCAUGAAGCCGUCCAAGCCACGUGCUGCACCCGUAGAAGGCUCCGGUGUGGAAGAGGCAGAUAGCGAAGGCAGCACGCCACCAUCUCGCUUGAGCAGCAAGGUGGCCUUCGAAGCAGUGGAGGACCUGCCCACGGACGGCUCGUCACCUGAGGGCUUGCUGCCCUAUGCGCUGCUGCCUACGGUGUUGCCCGGAUCGCCGCAGCACCUGGGACUGUUGUUGGCGGGGGCUGGCGGCAUGCUGGAGGAAUGGGACCUGGAUGUGGGUUUGCGCCUGGAUCGCCUCUCCGUCGUGGAGGAGACCAGAGCAGAUGUGGUCUCUCUUGCGGCACCAAGCAGCGCAACUCACGAGGUACUCGUGGCAGCGGUGAACUGCCCAGACGAUGCGGGCCUUGCGCUGCUGCGACGAGAGGCAGACGUUUGGCAACUGGAGUCUCCGUGGCCGUGCGCAACAACAGGAUGGCGGCAUUUGGCGCGCGUCUCCCAUGGGGAUUUCUUGCAAUGCUCGCAGUCAGUGAUGGCUCUGGGGCAGACGUCUGCCAUAGGCACCCACGAGGUGGGCGUCUAUGAUGUGGCUCUGGAGCCAAGGCCGCUCACAGCGUGUCUUGGACACUGGGACUUUGUCACCGAUGUUUGCACCAUUUCCACGCAGACAUUCGGGUCCGUGUCUCUGGACGGAAUGCUGCUGCUUUGGGACUUUCGCCAGGGCCUGACGCCCAGUGCCAAGGCGGGCUUCGGGGCAACUGCUCCAAAGGCGCUGUGCUCCUUGGCUGCCUGCCGCGACCUGCUUCUUUGCGGCGGCCUGCAAGGUGAGCUCUGCCUCUUCGACCUUAGACGCCUUGCAGAGCCGUUGGCACGCCCUCCUGCAGCAAGUGGUGCCGUGGUUCGCUUGCGGCUUUGGCCUAGCACGGCGCAGACGCUGGUGGCUGCUGUGGCUUGCGCCAAAGACGGCCUUUGCUCGCUGACGGCGCCCUGGGUG